GGAAUACAACUUGUAACUUUUUUUGUUUGCCAUCAUGAAUUCAGGUGGAUCUGAUGAUGCCACAGACUCCACAGGGAGUGUCAAGGAAAUUGUUAGCAAGAUUAAAUCGCAGGGCAUAUUUGACCAGUUCCGAAAAGAGUGCUUGGCCGAUGUCGAUACAAAGCCAGCCUAUCAGAAUUUGCGACAGAGAGUAGAAAGUUACGUGGCACGCUUCCUUUCCACACAAAAAUGGAGCUCCAAGUUGAACAAAAACCAGUUGAGAAACAAUCUCCGCAAGCAAAUCAACCAGUCGGGCAUGUUGAACCAGGGCGUGGAGCGAAUCAUCGACCAGGUGGUGAACCCGAAGAUCUUCCAGGUGAUAAAGCCGAAGAUUGACGAUGCUGUGUGCAGCUUCAUGGGCAUCGAGUUGAAGCAGUACCAGGACCAGCUGCAGCGGCGCAAGGUCCAACAGCAGAACAGACAGCAGGUCGCGCAGCAGGCUGCGCAGCAAGCACUGCAGCCACUGAUGAGCAUCCACACUAGUGCUUCUCCAGAAUAUAACAACAUGAUGAUGGGGGGAUACGGUGCAAUGUAUCAAGCCGGGGGGAUGUGGCCGAGCGCAGGGGCACCGUUCCUCAGCCCGCCCAAUGCCAGUUACCCCAUGCCACUAACAGUCCCGACAUCGUUUGACAUGCCACAGUUCCAGUACAACUGGACGCCGGGAUACUCUGAGGCGGCCAUGUUUGGUCAGAAUACUUCCAUGUCGGGCAUGAUGGGCCAGCAAGUGGUGACAGCCGUUUCAACAGUUCCCACUACCGGCUCCUCCUCCUUUUUCCCUCAUCCAACCAACAUCCCCCCUCCCAACCUGAGCAUGCCACCCCCCACUGUUGUUGCUUCAUCUGCCGGAUCAGGGACUCCCCCACCUCCAGGAACUGUGGAGCUAACCCCACAUCCUGGCUUUUCCACCCAUGUGAAGCCCUCAACCACCCCACCACCACCCACGUACUCCCCCAGUACCGUGUCCUCCCCUGGAGCACUUUCCUUACUGGCCAAUGUGAGCAGCUACGCCAGCAGCUUGGACACAUCUGCUGACGGUUCGUCUGACAUGGCACAACCCCCCCAGCCUCCACCACCCCCACCCCCCGAAUCCUCCGAAGUGCCCACUGAGAUUUCCACCGAAGACUCUGACGUUAACGACAUGACUCAGUCGUUCGAGUCAAAGGCUGGUUUUGCCGACUUUACGAUCCCCACGGCGUCACAGGGCGUGACGCUGGAGCUUGCGGCGGACACCGUUGUCGACGGCAGUGAUGAAGGCCGGCCUCACUUCAAGUUCGCGUGGGACCGGAUCGCCACCGUUCAGGAGGAUGCAGUGUCAGAUGUAACCAUCAGCUCGGUACACACCAGCGAUUUGUCGUCGUUCGAGGAGGAUGAAGAGGAUGAGAAGAGUGAUGGGGAAGUGGACAAGGUAAAGAAUGGUGGACAAGUCGACAAGGUCCAUGGUGUUGAAGAAGACUCAACUAAGAAAGCAAUAACUGUUGAAGAGCUGCAAGAAACUACAGCUGCCGAUUCAGACUCUGAUUCGAUUACCUCCCCUGAAGUGACCCCGAUAUCAUCCCCGAUCCGGCCAGACGAGCUGCCCGAGGUGAACUUCAGCCUGGACCGGCCGUGUGAAACAUCAGACAGUCGGCCGUCCACCCCAAGGAAGGAUGAGGAAGAGGAGUGUGUCGAGAUCCCCCCAGCCCCAGGGCCGAGGGCGGAUGAGGAGGAGGAGUGUGUGGAUAUGCCCCCUGUCCCGGUGCCGAGUAGGACGAAGAAGUUACUGACGUACUCAUACAAGUACAGCAGUGAUGAGGAGGAGUCGAGGGAGGAGAAGAAAACAAGAAUUGCAAGAGAGAAGGAAGAACGCUAUCAAAAACGACUGCAAAGAAGAGCGGAGUUGGAAGCAAAGAAGAAAGAAAGGGAGGAAGAAAAGGCGAGAGUGAGAGAUGAGAAAAAGAGAUCUGGAAGAAAGAAACAUGAAUCUGAAACCACAGAUGACGCUGCCGACUCCAAGAAGGAAGAACUGAAUUCGUCCGUUGUUUCACAGACAUCGGUCACCUCCCAAGAUGAGUCAGAGGGGACUCGUCUGAAACGCAGGAAGCGGAAGACGAAGGAAGAGAUGAAGGAGCAGCUGAAGCAGCAGAAGGUGAUGGAGCGGCGGUUGUGUCGUCAGCGCACCCGCAACCGGCGGUACACGUCGGGUGAGUUUGAGUCGGUGUUCACAGAGAAGAAGCAGCCGUUCAGCAGUCAGAGCUACGUGGCGGCCGACCACGUGAUCGAGGAGAGCGUUGAGGUGGAGGAGACCGUCGUGUACACCUACGUGGAGGCCCUCGACACGCUGUCUCCGCCCACACCCACGCUCGACGAGAACCCCGGCACGCCCACACAGGACGAACGGGCAUCCACGCCCACCCUCGACGAGAAACAGCCACCCACGCCCACCAUGGACGAAGAGCCAUACAUGGUGGAGCUGAGCGAGAUCCCGCUUCCUGAACAACCCAUUCCCAUUGUUAAAGUGGCCGGGACAGUACCCGUGGAGCCUUUCGUACACAAUACACGGUCCCGGGCGAAAAUACCCUGUGAUGAAUCAACAAGCUCUAGUCAGGUGGUUUCCCCCUCCAGUGAUAAGAGUGACGGGAGGAAGACACGGAAACAUUCGGGAAAUAGUCCUGCAGAACACGAUGCAGUGCGAAGGUCGCCACGAGUUGUCAGUCCCACAGGACAGGUUGCAACACGCAGCAAGAAGGACAUAACCAGCACAAAAUCACCUGAACAGGCUGAAUGUAAGACGAAGACCAGCAAGCGAUACAGCGCAGAGGAUCUGUACAAACCUAGAAUCAGUCACAGGUCACCGCCUGUCGCCAGAGACCCGCACACACCUUCCACCGGGCUAAGGAGUGGGAAACAGCUUUCCUCUCCAUUCACAAGUUCUGAUGACGUCUCGACAGCAGUGAAAGAAGAGUGCGAUUAUUCGAGCUCAGUGUCGGGAAGAAACCAACAGACCGUUGAUGUGAAAGAAGAGGUGAAGCAGGAAGCACCUGACACGUGUGGGUCAUCGGGCAGAUCGGACCUGGCAGGCCUGCGCGAGGUCCCGGGGACAGUGGGUGUGGGCGUGAAGGAGGAGAAGAUCAUUGUGGAGGUGGUCGUGUCUGACACUGAGAGCUCAUCGUCCAGGAGGAGGUCCCUGUCACAGUCUCGCAGCUACAGGUCCGAGUCAUCCGGCAGUGUCAGGCGCUACCACACGAGGUCACGGCACAGGUCACGGUCGCAUUCGUCAAGACACAGGUCGCGGUCUAGAUCACAUUCACUGAGACACAGGUCAAGGUCACGGUCGCACUCGAGAAAGAGAAGAUGUUCGGUGUCGAGUUCUGACAACAGUGCGCGGCGGAGCAGAAAACGGAGCAAAUCGAGACGGUCACAUCGGCACCACCGAUCAGACAGUCGGUCUCGGUCGUCCAGUGGGUCUCACUCCAGGGGCAGGAAGUUCCACUCACGGAAUAGAAAAGUGUCGACCAGCUCCUCGGAGAGCCUUGACGAGUUUGGACGAGUGAAGCCCAAAGACCGACCUUCGUCUCUGACGUGGGCGGAGUCUGUGAGCAGCUCUGUGGACAGUGUGGACGAACACAGUUACCGGAAUCCAUCACGGCAUCAUCGGCGUCACACCACCGACAGCUCCCCGGAGAGCGCCGACACCUACAGACACUCGGCACGGAGCCGGCCCCGCACUCAGAGCAUCUCAUCCACCGACUCCCUCAACAUCAAGAAGGGAAGCAUCGCCAUGGAGCCCAUCAGCUCCGACUCGGAGCUGUAUUCCGACUUCGAGGAUCACAAGCCUGCUGAGGGCUACCUGCAGUGUUUCCCUGAUGAGGCGGGACACGACUACCAGGCCUUGAGGGACGCGCGGGACAAGACGCCCAUUGAUCAGGUCUCGUUCGGGGAGGCCGAGAAGCGAUUCAAGAGGGCCAUUGACAGAGUCGAUUUCGGUCUGGCAGAGCGGCACUCUCGUCAGAUAUCCGUGUAUGAGAAGACGAGACAGCAGACUUUCCAGCAUAGACGCGGACAGAUGGGCCAGAACUACUACCCCAUGCCACCAAGUGUUCCCUUUCAGUCGGCCCCUGUUCCGUUUCAGUCGCCCAGUCACUUCAAGAGGACCCCAACAUCCGACUGGCAGGCUACCUGGACUGGCAAGCCGAGUACAUACACUGGGGUUACAGAAGAAUGGGGGUCCAGUAGCACGGUGACGCGGUCGGCCCCUGGGGUUGUGCGCGAUGACAUCCGGUGGUCACUCUCCGGCCGAGAGAGCUCUGAGUCGCCCAUGAAGCGGAUUCCAUCACCUGAAGGUGGAUUUCGCAGAACUCCGAUAAAAAGACAUCACUCGUCCGACGGCAGUCAUUCACCAUCGCCUGACAAAUCAAGACACAGCCAGACGUCUGUUGGAUCGAGAGGCAUCUCCCCUCUGUCGUCAGUCUCCAGACAGAGAGCUUCCCCUCCUCAGGGUAAGAAGACUGCUGCUGCUGCUGCUGCUUCUACAGUUCCAGAACGAAGGGGAUCAAAGGACAGCAAAGGUUCGUUGUCCUCGGGGGAAAUCGUCGACAAUUCGUCAGAUGAACAGGAUGAAAGACCUCUGCCCCUGCCACUGUCAUCUCUUGAGUUGGAGCCCGUUAGUCCUGACACACCACCGGAACUGAGACGAAGUCGAUCACCAACACCUCUGUCAGUUCACUCUCCACCCGCACCAAGUCGAAAACUUUCCACUUCUUCGGUAUCAGAGAGUGGUUCACUCUCGUCAUCCCCUCGUUCAAGAAAAUACUCUACAUCUUCUCCAACUCGCAAGUCUAGACGGCUGUCUCCCAGCACACGCUCUUAUUCCUUGUCACGAAGACGAUCGCGUUCUCCGGCUUCUAGUGAGGAAUCUCCCAGUCGAAAACAUUCUCAUUCCACUCACUUACGAAAACAGUACUCUUCAUAUUCAUCCUCAUCAAGAAAGUCACCUCUUCCAAGAGGCAGGUCAUCUUCUGUAUCACCUCAACGGUCAUCUGUUUCAUAUUCACAGAGAUAUUCUACAUCACAAGAUUUGUCUUCAUCAUCUGUGCUGAAAAAGUCAUCUCCAUCACCACACCGAGAUAGAGAGUCAGCACCGGAAGUGGUGUUUGACAGCAGUCUUUAUUCUCCUAUACACGACACAGACUCAUUACCCGGUUCACCUCCACCUCCUUUGUCUUCUGCCCAGGACUUGGAAGAGGUAUCUGACACGGAAUCAUUGUCACUUGAAACUGAAACUGAAAUGUUAACAAAAACUGAGAAUUCUCAGCCUGUUCCAGAUGAAGAGGUAGUAGUAGAAAUGCAUGUCUGUCCUACAUCCCCCUCCACAAAACCAUCUUAUGAUCCAGAGGAUACAGAAAUAUUAGUAUCAAAUUCUACACAUUCUUCUGCGCAACCAGCUUUAGAAUCUUCUUCGGGUGAAACAUCUACGGAACAUUCACAAGGAGCUGACAGAGAGGCAUGUUCAACACCAGAUCAAGAGGCAAUGGAAGUGUCUGAUCAGGUACUGACACCAGAGAAUGGAGAAUCAAAUGAACUUUCUCAUCCAGACACAGAAUCUGAAUCUGCUGUCAAACUAGAGGAAGCUGUGAAAGACUCAAAACCAUUACCUUCUGAUGAAGCACCACAAGAAAAACUUUCUGAUAAAACAGCUGAAGAGGUGCAUUCAGAAUCUACAACUGAAGAGGUGCAUCCAGAAUCUACAGCUGAAGAGGUGCAUUCAGAAUCUACAGCUGAAGAGGUGCAUCCAGAAUCUACAGCUGAAGAGGUGCAUCCAGAAUCUACAGCUGAAGAGGUGCAUUCAGAAUCUACAGCUGAAGAGGUGCAUCCAGAAUCUACAGCUGAAGAGGUGCAUUCAGAAUCUACAGCUGAAGAGCACAGAUCAGCUGGUCUAGAUGAACUGUCUUAUUCCAAUUCUUAUGAAAAAAUUGAAGAAUCGUCUUUGAAUUUAGGGAACAAUUCUCAAGAAUCAUCUGUUGUUACCUUACCAGAAGAAACAAAACAGUCACCACUAUUAAAUUUAGUGACAUCAUCCAAAAAUAUAUCUUCAUGUGAUGAAUCUGAGACUGUUGAAAAAUUAAAUGCUCAGACACCAAGUCAUUCCAGGGAAACGUCAAAGAAAUUGUCUUUGUUGUCUGCAGAGGAAAUAUCCGAGUCAUCCUCUCAGCUUCCUACAGAAGUAUUAGAACAAUCUGAGCAUCAGGUAGGAAAAACAGCUGAAGAACAUUCGGCCUCACCAACACAUGCAGAUCAAACAUCUAUAGCACAUCAUUCUCCUGCAGGGAAAGAGAACAAAGAGCUGCCUCUUGCAGAAAAAAUACCAGCUUGUUGCCCAUUAGACAAAGAGCAUAAGACAUCACUCCAUGCAGACAAAACAUCUAAAGAAGAAAGUAAGUCCCCUGUGUUGGAAGAGAAUAGAAAAUCACCCUGUGUUAAUGAAACAUCUGAAGAUAAAUCUCGUGCCUCUUGUGCUGAUACGAGUGAAAAGUCACCCUUUGCCAGUGAAACAUCCAAACAAAUGUCUAGUAUUCUUUCUGUUGAAGAGAAUGAACUAUCAAUUUCUGAGGAAAAACCAAAUGCUCCUCUUUUUGAAGAGGGUGAAAAAUCACCCCUUGCCAGUAAAACAUCAAAAGAGAUAUCUGGUGCUUCAGUUGAAGGAAGUGAAACUACUGCAGCUGAACCAUAUGGAGGAGAGUCUGUGUCUAAUGAACAAGAGAAACCAAUUUGUGAGUCGGAAUCCAAAUCUCCUCCUAGUUUAGCUGCUUCUGAAGAACAGGUUCAUCCACUUUCUACAAAUCAGUCAUGUCCUUCAGAAACAUUGUGUACAGAUGUGAAAGAGAAAAACCCUGAAGAUUCACUGCCCAAAGAUUCCCUUGAAGAAAAGAAUCCCCAACCCUUAGCUGAUGAAUGUUCUGAAGUAUUGACCACUCUCCCAUCCUCGUCGCCACCAGCCUUGUCACAGGAGAAAUCUUCCGAUUUGAGUCCUCCAGAUAUUUUACCACACGGCCACUCUCCAGUGCCAUCAUUAUUUUCUUGUCAGCCUGAAACACCUUCGCCUCCCCAUCUGAGGAGACAGGAUCUGACAGACCGCAACCUGGGCCGAGUCCAUCACAAGCUGCACCAGUCUCCUGAACGGUCGUCCCUGGAAAGCAGCAGCGAUCAAAGUCCUCCCUCACUGUCUCCAGCCUCCACGGGGCGAUGGCGCCGGGCUAGUGGUCCAGCCGUCCAGAGGGAAGUGACCACGGAGGAAGACACGGACGCCAGUAGUCGGGUAUCCAAUUCCCCGUCUCUUGACACACGACGAGGAUCGGUGGCUCGGAGUAGUCGGAGCAGUCGCAGGAGUUCGACAAGUGAUAUUGAUGCUGUUAGUACACGGUCAUCAGCUGCAGAGACAUCGGGUGGAGAUACCCCUCGCUCCAGCCGAGAUCUGGGACGCGGAAAACGUCACAGGAAGUCGCCCGACCGCCUCUCUCCAUCCCGUCAGAAGACGUCACCUCAGUUGGUGAAGGAGCGUAAAGGUUCGACAGCAUCUGCAGGGCGUGAGACUAGAAAACAGAAGCAGGUGGCACAACGUCCUGCCUCACCGCGGGAGACCAGGGCCACCAGGUCUACAACUGCUCCUGCUCCUGCCAGAGAAAUGAGAAGCAGACGCGAAAAAAGUCCUCCUGCCAAGAGAAUAAAGAGGUGAAAUUAAGAUGUAAAGUAGUGCAAAUAGUACUGUAUGUUCAGAUUUACAAAUUAUCUCCUACUGAACACAUAACUGGGAUCAGUGAACAAAGUGCUAAAAAGCAAAUUCAUUUGUGCUGCCCUGUGUGUUAAUAAGUUGAAUUAAGAUAAAAAUCAUGUUUAUUAGGGGUCAUAAAACUGAUACAGUGUUCAAAGAAAGUCAGAUUUACAGAGCAGUUUUGCUCUUACCUGAAGAAAUAUGUGUUUGUCAGUUGAACCAAAGGUUGUGGAUUGGAUGUUUUAGACAGAAAGUAUUGGAUCCAUACUCUGAUGAAAUUGCUUGUUCCACAGAAUGUGAUGUGAGUGAUUUGGACAUCCAGCAAUAAGAAACGGUGAUUUGCUUGUGAGACAUUUUCUAUUUUCACUUUCUCAUUGUUGCUGCAUGUGUUUGUUGUUGUUUCUUAAUGACAUGUAUCACCAGAUGCAGAAUGUGUAGAUGUUAGUUAUUCCAUCAAACCAGUCGGUUAAUCAAAUGGCCAAAUGAUGGGGUCAAUCGAGCUACAUUGUAGGUGUGUUUUAAGGCAGAAGUAAUUUUAUUCUUUAUAUAUACCUAUCAAGUUAUGAUUUUGUUUUUAGAGUCACAGUAAUUAUAAAUACAGAAUGAAAUUUUCAUCAUUACAGCAUUCAUUCCAGUUAUGGGGUGGAAACUAGAUCAGUUAUUAAAGUACUUGCAUGAGGUGCUGGCUUCAAACAGUGGAACUAUUCUCCAAUUGAGUUUUAUCCUAUCCCAACUGAUUUUGUUUCAUUUUAUCACAGCCAUUGUUCCAUGACUUUAUCAAUGGCUGCGGUAUAUUUUGUCCUUCCUGCAGGAAAGUACGUACAAAAGAACCCUUGCUGCGAAUGGAAAACUGUAGCGGGUUUCCUCGAAACAAAAUUAUAAACUGUUUGACAUCCAGUAGCCAAUGAUUAAUUAUUCAUUCUUCUCAUGGGUCAUAGGAUCGAUCCUCGUUUGUGGACUCGUUAGAUUUCUUCCCCCUCGCUCCAUGGCAAAGGUGGUGGCAGGCCCAUAGAAACGGUAUAUGAAGUGGGGCACAAGCUCAUGUUCAGGGAUUUAUAUAAUAUAUAUUUUUCAGCUGAGGACAUGCACCUUUAUUUUAUUUAUUUAUUUAUGGGGGGGGGGGUGGGGGGAGGCACCAAAAAUGCGGAAUUCUGUCAAAAGGUGGCCAACUUUCAUCCCUGAACUUAGGACAAAAAAUGGUUUAUUUUGGGCCUCAAGUGGGUGGCAAAUGUUCCCCUCCCUGGUUCCUUUGAACCUGGGCCCAUAUUUUCAAAAUUAUCUUAACGCUACGAUAUCAUAAAACUGUUGUAUACCAUGAUGUCACUACAACCCAUACCAUAGUGACCUAUUAUUAUGGUUUUGUGAUACGUAGCACUAAGGUAGCUUUGAAAAUCUUUUGACUUAAUGACUGAUUUGAUGGAUCAACUUCAACAUGCAUGAAGUACUCAAUGAAAUUAUGUACAUGCUGUUAACAGUUAUGGUGGCAAAUAAAAUGUCACACAUUA